CCAAAGGCGGGAGAAAAAAAAAGAAAUCUCGAAAAUCACUCCCAAAUCACCGUGUCACUAUCUUCUUCCAUUUUACCCCCAAAUCUCCAUAGUUGGAAAAACCAAAAAACCCAAAUUUCAAACCCAACCGUCAUCAUGAGAGGACCACCCGCCCGUCGCCCUCCUCCAUCCGACCGCCAAUCCAACCAAUUCACCACUCCAACCCCAACUAAUCCAUAUCUAUUCUCCACCACCUCCCGCCGCGACUCCGACGCCAGUUUCUGCAGCAGCCGUCCUUCUAUCUCCAACUCAAACCCUAACCACCGCGCCACCGCCAUCAACACCUCCGACCGAUCAUUUCAACUUCACGCCGUCUCCACAAUCAAUUCAUACCUUUCCAAUUCCUCUUUCCACGUCCAUCUCAAACUAAAACCCUUACCUUCCAAUAAAGACAUCAUCGAAACCCUAAAGUUUAUCGUCGCCCGUCUCGACCGCCUAAUCGACAACAACAACAACAACAAUUCUAAUAAUAAUAGUUAUUCAGAGGAGGAAAUAUUUUUGGUUUUGAAAAUCUGGAACUGUCCUGUUAAGAUAACGAAAUCGGCGUUGAAAGCGCCUGGGACGCCGCAUUCGUUUCCUAGUGUUUUAGGUGUUUUAUAUUGGCUAGUUCAGCUUGAUACUUUUACUGAUAAUCAUAUUGUGAAUGACAGUCAGUCUCGGUUGUUUACUAAAGAUGCCGUGAAUUCGUAUACUUUAAAUACUUAUUUGCAUUAUAUUAGGGGUGAUGAUGACGCUAUGGAAGCUGAAGAUGAACAUUUCAUGGCCAAGUUACAAAAGGAGAAGAAUUCGGUGGAGGAGAAUGUGAAUAUGCUGGAAGCGAAUGUCAAGGAUUUAGAGGGGAAGUUGGAAGCUAUGAAGUCUGGGCCGACAUUGAGGGAAACAAAGGAGGAGGAAAAGAGUCUCUUGGAAAAGGAUGUAGUGAAGUUUAAUGGCAUAAUCGAGCAGUUGCAGGUGCGUGAUGCGAAUAUGGAGAAGCAGAUAGAGGAACAAAAGAAGGAGAUGGGGGUUAAAAAGGAGGAGACGAAUAGGACCCUUGCGGAAAAUGAGGAGUUGACGAAGAAGGUGGAAGAGCAGAGUAUCAAUAUGAGGGAUGCCGAGAGGAUGAAGCGGGAGUUGCAAUUGGUGGAGAGAGAUGUUGGAGAGGCUGAGAUUGAGAGGAAUCAGUGGGAAGAGAAGUGUUGGGAUGUUAACACUGCCAUCGGGACAAAGUUGAAGGAGAUUCAGGCCCUCCAGAUUGAAUGCAACCAGGCUAUCAGGAGGUUGAAACUUGAAAAUGACAUCCAUUAUGAGUUGAAUGCCAAAGGUUCAACUGUUGCUGAGGUGCUUGGAAUCGAUUAUAAAUCAACAUUGAAGCCUGCACUUGCUUCUAACAGUGACGAGAUUAAGAAAACGUCACUUGAAAAUUUUGAAACUCAGAUUCAUCUUCAACAAGCUUCUCGUGAGAUUGAGGCAAAGAUUGAUGCAAAACGAAAUCGUAUGGCCAUGCUUCAAUCGCGAAUUGAUGAAUUGGAAAAUCAAUUGAAUCUGAUGAAGAAUGGAACACAAGAUUACAUCUCCAGGUGUGCGAUGGAGGCUAGGCGUUCCAUCGAGAAUGCAGAAGCCGAGUCUCAUGAUGUUGAUGCUGUUGAAAAAGAAGCUCGUGAAGUUGUGGAGACUUCCAAAGCGAGGUUGCAAGAAACAAAGGUGCAGUAUGAUGAUGAAGUUCAGAUGUGUGAACAUGAGCUCUUUAAAUUGAUUGAUACGGUCUCGAAAUACAAAGAGUUUACAGUUUCAAAAUUAACAGAGAUGGAAAAUGAUGUUGCAGCGACUGCUGCUGCUAUAGCACAAGCUCACAAUGACUCAGUAAGAUCCAGUAUCAAGAAUUACCCUAAUAAAUGAACAAAGAUUUUCCCUGAUAACUCGACAACUUAAGGUAUAGAUUACGAGUUCUAUUCACUUGAGUUUUUGAUGCAAGAGAUCAUGAAACAAUUUCUAGAUAUAAGUUUGAUUCUUCUUUAUCCUAAGGUUCUUAUUAUCCCUCGAAAUGUGGUUGAAUAUGUUCAUGGGUUUUGGCUUUAUAAAACUCCAUGCUUUGUACUGUUCUCUUCAACAAUACAAUAAUCUGGGAGAGUGUGUGGC